UCAUGUCAUUAUAGACUAUCACAUUUAAAUUUGAAAUACUCGUAUGGUUAGAUAAUUAAGACGAGGGUAAGGCAAAAGCAGCAACGAUAACGUCAUGUGAUUAACUUAAUAAUGUGAUAAAAUAACAAUGGUGUCUGGCUGGUUGUGGAGUUUUACAAGAGGAUAUUUGUCAGGCAAUGCCGUCGAGCAUUUUAUCCACAGGAAAGCCUCUCAUUAACAACCAGCAACUUUACAUCCUUUUUGUUUAUAAGAUGAAAGAAUUUAAGGUCCAUUUAAUGUACUGUAGUUAUUUUGACAACAUAUACCCAGGUCAUUGUAGGAGACAAAAUGGAUUCAGAGGAGAAUCCUGUGUGGACCGAGUGGCUGCCACUAAACAGCUUACUGGACCAGUUACCACAACAGUUCCAGCGAGGCCUUGGUGCUGCUGACCUACAGUUGACUUGCCUUGCCACUAUACCACAGCACUUGGUCAUGGGCACCAAUGUGGGCCUUGUAUAUUUGGCUCACUUACCUUCAAUCAACCUCAUGAGACUCAAGUGUGAGAACCCUUUAUCAGCAGUAUCAAGUGUAGCGAGUGUGAGAACUGUGGAUGACAUGAUUGCUGCAGGAACCGUAGAUGGUACCAUAACAGUUUUCCAACUUCCCCGGGUUGCCAACAUUGACGAGGCUUUUCAACCAUCAUCCUCACCAAAUACAAAUAUCCUCAGGUCAAAGGGCAUCACAGGAGUACAACCUACUGUUAAACGCUUCACGGUGGGAAAUGUUCACAACGGCAGAAUAACUAGCAUGACCUGGAGUCGUAACGGUAUGCGGCUCUUCUCAGGAGAUGCUGAUGGUGUGGUCUCAGUAGUGGAAAUUAAUUACCAGACAAGUGAAUGCACAGCAAAAAAACUUAUGAGGGAGACAAGUAGCAUUACACAGCUCUCUUACAACUGUCAGCACCUAGCAGUAUCAACGCUAGAGAGAACUCUUGUGUACAGUCUGACUCAGAACAGUGCCCAGCAGGUUGGUCAGAAGCCUCGUAAAUACCUCGGCUUAUUCGGCUGCACGUGGUCCCCCUCAAUGUCCCAUUCUGAUGCUGUUCUUUUCACAUCUAGGCCUGGACUGAGACUCUGGUCUUCAACUAGUGAGGGAGAAGUUUUGCACACUCACAUAAUUAAAGAAUUACCAGAGACGACAAAAGCACACUUGUUGAAUCCCAGUUUUGAGAAGCCAAGAGAAGGUGAAAAGUUUUCCUUUGGACUGUUACACAUGCUUGGUCUCUCUCAUAUUGUUUCUUAUAAUCCUCAUUGGCUUUUUAUCAUAGAUGUAAACAGCUUGAAAGUAUUAACUUUUAGUGGACAGUUUCGUCACAUUACUGGAUUAGCCGUGUCAGACCAGGAAAUAUUUGUGUUGGAAGGAUCCAGAAAUGUUUCUUGUCUUAGUAUUCAACCCAUUAAUAUUGGGGGGAAUAUAUCUCCCUCUGCUGCAAGAAAUACUCCCUUUCCUGAAACUCAAAAUCUACUUGACAUUGGUGCUCGCAUAGUGAUAAAAGGAUCUGGACUGAUUGGACAAAUUGCCCGUGUGAGUAGCUCUGUCGCUGCCAGAGUGUCAGAACAUGCUAACUCAUCCAUAAUAACGGGGCAGGAAAUAAAGAAUCGUAAAAAACAGGAUAUUAGUAAGAGCAGCCCCAUGGACGGUCCAUCACUGCACACGGCACAACUCCCUGGUUAUCCACUUGCAGCUGCCACUGAAGGAGAGAAACAAGGCCAUAAGAGAUCAUCAUCGUCAGGACUGAUACAAGAGAGUGGUUCACUUUCCUCACCCUCGGUACAUCCCAGAAUGGUACAGUCUGUUGGCAGUUUCUUUCCCUCCUUGUUGUCUUCUCCACUACUCAUCUCAACACUAGGAAAAACACCCUCUUUACAAGAUGUACACAUUACAGUUUUUCAGGGUGAACUGGAAGUUGUUGGAGAUUUGGAAAAAAUUGUAACAAGUUCCGAGAUUGUUGCUCAAGAAGGUGAAGAGUCUGAGCCAAUAGUGAUGAGAGAUAAGUCAAGGAAGAGAGCAAGAAAAAAAAUGGAUGCUGUUCCUUCGCCAGACUCCGUGAGUGUCAGCAGCUUCAAAUCUACUUCAGAAAUGAGUGAUACGCCCAGUGGAGGAACACCAUCAAGUCCAUCAAUGGGUCAAACUCAGCUUUCUACAGAUUUCUCUUUGUCUCCUAGUACAAACUCUUCACAGAGCCUUCAGCCCCUAGAUGAAAAUAUUAAAAUGCUAGUGGAUCAAAAUCAAGAAGAAAGUGAUUAUACUCCUGGAACAGGUAGAUGUGAAAAACCAAAUACUGAAGAAAGUGAAGAAAAUUAUUCCACUGCCAGUAUAGGGUUUAAGAGCGUUGUUGACACUAGAACAUACGAUGAUUUCAAGAAUGACAUACAACAGAAGGAGAGCCUCUUGGCAGACAUCCUUGAUCUUGGUUGUCUCAAGAUGGACCAUGAAGUUAUAGCAAGUGAAGAGGAAACUAGUAGUACUGGAGGAUAUGAAGAGCCUCCACAACUAGAAAGAGAACACAGCUUUGACAGCACCAGUUGUUCCACUCCAAGUACCUUAAAAGAGUUGAGUCCUGCUCCAGAUAGUUCAAGCUGUAGUGAUUUCUAUGCACAGUUUUACCCCGGCAAUAACAGCUUUAGUUCAGUAGACAGCGGCACCGAUGCUCACGGUCACCACGGAGUAGAAGGUGCCACCAAAAUUAAUAUUGGUGAUCCAACCCUUAUGAGAGAUGAUGGAGAUGAACAUUUAGAAAGUAAUGUAAGUGAAGACAGACUUAGUUGUUUGAGUUAUGGUCCACCCUCGGGAAGUAGUCUUUUAUCCCUCGGAAACAGACCACAGGGCGAAGGACACGACCAAAGUGUAGGCGAGUCAAGAAACGUGUUAACAGUCACGGACUCAUCUGAAGUAGCGGACAUUAGUUGGUCGUACUCUGCCUCAGAUGUACAGGAAUGCUACGAGUACGAUAAGGAAGAAAUGACCGGUGGCUGGUUACGACAUAAACUGCCUAGUAACGUUGUGAGUUUAACCGUUUCGGAAAAUAGUGUUGUAUUUGUGGAUAAUCGGAGUUGCCUUUUCUUUAAGGAUGCUGCUUCAGAAAAUAAAGCUUGGAAAAAAGUUAAGUUGACAGCAAAGGCAUCACAAAUUUCUUAUUCACCAAGUGGUAACAUUUUGUGGAUAGAAUUUGGAAGAAAUGUGUAUGCCAUUAGUAAUCCAAAACUGGAGACAUUUUCAACAUGCAGAAUGAUACCCAUAGCACGGGAUGUUCGGCAGAUGUGUGUGGAUGAAGAGGUGACUUGGUACAUCAGUCAGCUAAAGCAAGUGUGUGUACAGCCAAGUUUAAGACACAAAAGCCCACACAUUGUACACUGCCAAGAGUUUCAGAUGGCAAAGGUGGUUUGUCAUAGCCAGGUGGUCUGGGGCCUUACUGAAUCUGGUCAACUAGUUUUCAGAGUGGGAGUAACUGCCCAAUCACCCUUUGGUCAUGACUGGGGAGUAAUGGACACACCUGGAGGUCCUUUGUUGACUAUGGCACUGGGGCCUGGGCAGAAAGGGUGGAUAGUGGAUGCCAAAGGUAGAGUUUACUUUCGACUUGGAGUUUGCGCCAAGUACCCACAGGGAAGCGAUUCAAAAUGGUGGCAGGUGGUUACUAGUGACUACAUGAUGGACUUUGUAACAGAGGAAGGCAGCAGUGUCAUGCUCGCUUCAUCAUCAAGAGGGAUCUGGUUAGCUGAACAAGAAUCAAACCGCUACUCUUUCCAUGAAGCCAAUUGUACAGGUCAUGUUUGGACUGUGUUCAGUGAAGAAGUUUGGUCCACUGUUUGUGCAGAAGCUUUAUACACAGACCAGGGAGCCAUCUGUUGCCUCUCACCCCUCGGACAACUGUUUGUCGUUAACCCCAACACCGCCUGUUCUGUGCCUUUUGAUUUACCGAAAAAUGAAUGUGUGGUGAGUGUGAGUCAGCGCCCAGAGGCUAUGUGGGUUCUGACAGCAGCUGGGAAUAUCUUCAUCAGGGUGGGACUGUCUGCAAAGUCCCUCCAUGGAUCACAUUGGGAACAACUUGACUUGAACCAAAUUGGAGACGUACACCUGUGCCAUAUAUCGUGUGGGAUGGAGGUUGUGUGGGGAGUGGAUACCCGAGGGGGUGUCUACAUGCGACAAGGGCCCCUUACUCCUUCAUCAAAUGAAUCACUUCCACCAGCUUGGAUUCAAGUAGAUCCCGUUUCUCUCAAGGGAAAUGCUGUGUUCACUAAGCAGGUUUAUGUGGGGAUGAAGCUACACGUGGUUUGGGCAGUGGAUUCCUGUCGCUGCGUGUAUGUGAGAGAGGCCAUCUUUCCUGAACUACCCAUUGGACUAUCAUGGGUUCCUGUGGAUGGACUUCUGGCUUUACACUUAUCCAUAAGUGAAAAUGAAGUUUAUGCUCUUACUCCCAAUGGUGAAGUUUUCAAACGUAUUGGAGUAACCGAGACAAAUUACAUUGGUGAUGCAUGGCAGAAAAUUCCAGGAAACAUUGCCAAGAUUUCAGUAACAAUAGACAACUGUUUGUGGGGUCUGAAUGGUGACGGACACAUCUGCCAACAUAGUGUGUUUCAGGUGUCGGACUCGCCUCCAGAUGGAUUUUUUAACAGAAGCCAGACAUUCUCAAUAAGUUCUGAAACCUCAGAUUGGGAAGUAUUGUGAUGAUGGGUGCUUAAGUUAUGAUUAAAAGUGGCUUAUACUGUACCAUAAUAAUAAUAAUAAUGGGUGUUAUGCAAUAUGAUCAAUACACAACUGGUCACUAGUGCAUUCUCACUACUGGGUGGAUGAAGCUGGAGAUGAUAAUACUAAUACAGUACUGUAUAUAUAUAUUUUUUAUAAGAAUGCCUUAUAAGCUUUUAACCAAAAAACUUUGACAUAUUGUUAAUCUAACUGUUAUGUCUGUACUCUACUGUUUAUAUUGUUUAUAUUACAAUAAUAAACUUUAUCUUGAGA